AAAUAUAUACAAAUCUGUUUAAAAUGGCGAAGCAAAACCAAACAAAGGUCUGGGACCUCGGGAAAUGGGACUCGCAGGCAAUCGGGAAAUACAAUAGCAUACCGCGCAUACAGCACGAGCUGCGCCGUGGCAGCUGGACCUACAUUUGCGAACAUCCAGAGAUUCGCGCCAUCAUUCGGGUCAUUCUGCAGCAGGCGAUCAACGCGAAACCCCAUCCUGAGAACAUUCGCAAGUUUGUGGCCGAGUUCUUUAAUUGCUGUCGCACUCCGCUGCUGGUGCCAAUGGUGAAUACCCAAUUGAAGUACGUCAAGGCGCAGCUGUUGCGUGGUCGCUGGAGUGCUUUCGAUGCGGAGUUGCUGUUCAUGGAGACCUGCUCCACGCACUCGCUUCUGUCAACUGCCUCGGUGAAUAGCAAUGUCCACCCCAUUCUAACCUACGCGCUCGUCUUUAAGAAACCCGAUGAGUGCGGUAUUGACAAGCCACCGUUCUAGGACUCGGAACAGCUUUUCACUAUUUACACGUA